GGUCUGGAGAACACCAAGGGGGAGGAUCCUAUUUCACUCCCCUGUGCACAGCCCGAGCAUACAUCAGACCUUGAGGUGCUCAGAGUCAGACAAGAGUAAAGAGGCGUGUGAUGGUUCUGCCUUAGUACUUGUACAGACAGGAGUGUUUCCAGUACUUCUUUGUACAACUCACUGAGGGAAUGGGAAACUGUUUUAUAGCUCUGGAAACAUAAGCACAGUAAGAAUGUCUGAGGCUAUCCGAUGCACUCUGGUGAGCUGUAGUUGUCAGUGUUUCAAACCUGGGAAAAUAAAUCAGCGACAAUGUGACCAGUGCCGGCAUGGAUGGGUAGCACAUGCCCUGAGCAAAUUAAGGAUUCCCAAUCUCUAUCCAUCAAGCCAGGUAGAAAUAGUUCAAUCCAAUGUUGUCUUUGAUAUCAGUAGCCUCAUGCUGUAUGGAACCCAAGCUAUUCCCGUGCGCCUUAAAAUUCUGCUAGAUCGGCUUUUCAGUGUUCUGAAGCAGGAAGAGGUGAUACAGAUUCUCCACGCUCUGGAUUGGACACUACAAGAUUAUAUACGUGGAUAUGUGCUGCAGGAUGCUUCAGGAAAGGUGCUGGAUCACUGGAGCAUAAUGACCAAUGAUGAAGAACUGGCAACUUUGCAGCAAUUUCUUCGUUUUGGAGAAACUAAGUCCAUUGUAGAGUUAAUGGCAAUUCAGGAGAAAGAAGGGCAAUCAAUUAUAAUACCACCACCUACUGCUAAUUUGGAUAUUAGGGCAUUCAUAGAGAGCUGCAAUCAACAUAGCCCUAAUUUUUCAGCUUCCUUGGACAAAAUGAGCCCCACCAAUAUUCAUCCCUUUGAGAAUAUUGUGAAUAACAUGGCUUUCAUGCUGCCAUUCCAGUUUUUCAGUCCAGUGCCUCCACCUUUAAUAGGUUCGCCACCAGAAAGACACUUGAUUGAGCCGGGUCAAGACCAUAGCAGUGAAACUAAACAAGAUAUCCACCUACCUUUUACUGAAAGCAGCUUCCUAACUUCUAGUUCUGCACCGUUUCAAGUUGAAAAUGAGAGGAUCAUAAAUGGUCCAGAUGUCACCACUAAAACAGAAGAUGAUGCCCUUUUAAGUGAUUCGAGUUCACAUAAUACAGCAGCAAAGCUUGAAAUGACAUCACUCUCUCCAGAAACCAAAAUGAAAUCUGUUGAAAAAAAUGGCACUGGGCCAAGGAAAGGGCGUGUUUUCUGCACUGCAUGUGAAAAGACAUUUUAUGACAAAGGUACUUUGAAAAUACACUAUAAUGCUGUUCAUCUGAAGAUAAAGCACAAAUGUACAAUCGAGGGCUGCAAUAUGGUAUUUAGCUCUUUGCGUAGUCGAAAUCGUCAUAGUGCGAAUCCUAACCCCAGGCUCCAUAUGCCAAUGAACAGAAACAACAGGGACAAAGAUCUAAGAAACGGUUUGACAAUUGCUGGACCUGGAGAUAGUAAAAGGACAGAAUUUACUAUUUUAGCUCCGGAUAGCAGAACAAUUACCAGCUAUGCCAGCUCUUGUACAGAUGCAAAGGGCCAGGCUGGAUUUCCCAGUAUUGGACAGAACGGUGUCCUCUUUCCAAAUCUGAAAACAGUACAACCUGUUCUUCCUUUCUAUCGUAGUCCAGUCACACCGGCUGAGCUUGCUAAUACUCCAGGUACUCUUCCUUCUCUGCCCCUUGUUUCUUCCUCAAUACCAGAGCAGCUUAUUUCAAAUGAAUUGCCAUUUGACGUGCUACCCAAGAAGAAAUCCCGUAAAUCAAGCAUGCCUAUUAAGAUAGAGAAAGAAGUUGUUGAAACACCUCAUGAAAGUAGUGAUGUUGCCAGUUCUGAAGAUGAUACACGUCUGCAAGUGGUAAGCGAUGGAGAGCUUGAAUCCUGUGAGCAUAAGAUAGAGAAGCAGGUGUCCGGCAGGGUGGAAAAUCACCCCCAUUCAGGUAAUUCAUGGAAAUCUGUCUCUGGGGUGGAGGGCCCAAAGUAUUUUGAAUCUGUCUUUGCACCAGAUAACCAGUACAUCAAGGAUAUCUCUGAGAAUGAAUUACAUCACUGUGAGAAAGAGGUUAAACCAGAAGAAAAUCAACCAUUAAAAAUAGUUUCCCAUGAGAUUGUAUAUGAAGAUUCAAUACACCACCAAAAUGAUGUUAUAAAACCAAUGACUGAAUCCCCCAUAUAUGUUAAAGAGCAGUCAAAACGCAGGAUUUCUAAAGAUGACUGCCCUGAAUUACAACACCACUUGCUGACCGGGGGCUUUUUCAGCACUUUGUCAAACAGGGGUGCUGCCAUUGCUUGUUUUGAAGACUCUAAAGAUAUGGAUCAUGUCAGCCAACAUGCACUAGGGAUUCAGAAGGAAGAAAGCCGCUUUCAUUGUGACAUCUGUAAGAAGACUUUUAAAAACCCUUACAGUGUAAAAAUGCAUUUUAAAAAUGUACAUCUGAAAGAAAUGCAUAUUUGCACAGUUGAGGGCUGUAACGCUGCUUUCCCUUCUCGUAGAAGUCGAGACAGACAUAGUUCAAACCUAAAUCUUCAUCAUAAGCUUCUGACUAAAGAUACACUGGAAUUCAACAACCAUUUCAAUGCAACAUACCUCUUGAAAGACAUGGCUAAGGAGUUUUGUCAAGAUGUCUCUUUAAAACAACAUGUUGGACAUACUUCGGUAAUCUUCAAAGGAAUGAACAGAACAGGCAGCUUGGUUUUUCCAAUGAGCAAAAUUAGAGAACCCUGUUCUGAGAGUUACGGAUACGAUCCAUUGAAUGAUGGAGGUGUUCUGGAUCUAAGUACUACUUCCAGCAUUAAAUCUGAGAGCAGUGCUCAUUCUUCUUGGGAUUCUGAUGGAGGAAGUGAAGUGUGCACCAUGCCCUUGGAUGAUAGUGAUGAAAGCUGUGAAGGACCCAGCCUAAUGCCCAGUGAUGAACUCUACCAAGACUGUAAUUUAAUUGAGAAAGCUGAUCAGAACUUCAUAAAUUUACCUUCCAGUUUGCCAAUAACUUGUCACAUAUGUCAAAAAACUUACAGUAAUAAGGGAACUUUCAGGGCUCACUACAAAACUGUGCAUCUCCGCCAGCUCCACAAAUGCAAAAUCCCAGGUUGCAACACUAUGUUUUCAUCUGUUCGCAGUCGGAACAGGCACAGUCAAAACCCUAAUCUGCACAAAAGUCUGGCUGGGUCACCAACUAGCCUACAGUAAGACCAUGCUCAUCCAACUUUUUUUUUUUUCUUCCAGGAAUUAAUCAUUUCAAUUAAGGAAUGUGUUCAUUUAAACACACUUGACUUCCGGUGCACUCAACAACCACGGUCAAAUUCUUUUCUCCUGUGUGUGCUCUCCUGCAGUUUCAUUUAGCAAAGCUUGGUGCUGUAGUUUUUGUGCAAUUGUUUGGUUUGACAUGAAAUAGCUAGAGCUUCUGUAAGGAAGAGAAAGUGUUCUUGAAAUGGGGGAGGUAUGGAGUCAUUAACUAAAAUAUUUCCGAUACCUCUGAAGUAUUAUUUAUCAACAAUAGGAGCUUCAAAUGAGAGCUGUCAUCCUUUGUGUUUACAUGUAAAAUGGGUUGUUGUGCUGUGUAAGAAAUUGUAACAAUUGUGUUGUUUCCUCUGAUUGGCUUGAGAGUUCUGGGGCUAUUUCAUUUCUGACAACUUGAUCUGAAGCUGUCUUGCAGUAUUAAUUGAACGCGGCAUUUGCAGUUUACUGUACCUUGAAAUUUAAAGGAGUCCAAAUUUCCUGAAAUCCUGUAGUCCUUACUCUUCAAGUGGGAAUUUCACUUGAAUAGCAAUAUUUCAGCUUUUUUUAGAAUUUGAAACUGUUUACUUUGCAGAAGGAGAGGCCACUUAACUUGGCAGGGUUGCCUAAUUAACUGGGAGGCUCUUACAGAUUAGACAGAAAGAAACAAGUAAGAAAAGGAUUAGCUAAAAUUUCUAAGCUACAGCAAAUGCAUCCAUGACAUA